AGGCAACAGUUGCGUUUUGGGUGCACACGGAACACAGGCGUAUCACAGUUACAAACGGAAGCGGUCAGGGGUUUACCUAGUAACGAUUGUAGCCGAUCAUCUGUCCCCAGUUGUCCAUUUUCACAUUUUUCUCUGUUUAGCGAUAAUGUUGUUCAGUCGUUGAAAGGUUCAACACGGAAUAAAGAAAUGGAAGAGAUAAAGACCGAGCCUGUGGAUUUCGUGAAGGAAUUUCAGGAAUACCUGACACAGCAAACCCAGCAUGUCAACAUGAUCUCAGGCUCUGUUUGUGGAGAAAAAGAGUCCGCGGAGCCGUUUCAAGCCGCUGCGCCCCGAAGCGAGCAGAACGGUCUGGACCCUCCGUCUGUGGAGGUGAGCCUGUCAAUGGAGGAUGGGUCGGACGUACAGAUGGACGGCCUGGAGAGGACCUGCGAUGGAAAGUACAAGUGCAGCUACUGCAGCUAUGCCAACAAGGGCAUGGCCCGCCUGAUAGAGCACAUCCGCAUCCACACAGGAGAAAAGCCUCACCGCUGCCAGCUGUGCCCGUUUGCUUCAGCGUACGAGCGCCACUUGGAAGCCCACAUGCGCUCACACACAGGAGAGAAGCCGUACAAGUGCGACCUCUGCGCCUUCCGCUGUAGUGACCGCAGCAACCUGUCACACCACCGUCGGCGCCGCCACAAACUUCUUCCCACGAGGGUCGUUCGCUCUCCUUUUACCAACAAGAGAAUGUUGAGCGCCUUGCAGAAGAGGACGGGCUCGCUGGGCUUCAGCAGGCGACUGCUCAUCAAUUUCAACCCUGCCUCCAUGGUGAUGCCAAAAUCAGAUUAUCUGAAUGACUUGUCUCACAAGAUCCACCACCAUUUGAACAGCAGCGAGUGUAAGAACCUUCCCAAGGUGGAUGAGAGUGACAGUCGCAACGGGGGUGCCAAUACUUUGACGUUUAAUAACCCGCUGAACCAGCUGUCCACACUUGCUGGCCAAUUGAGCGACCUUCACACUGAGUCUGAGACUCCUGCAUCCCCAGACAGGGAGUCCUUAAAAGACGAGAAGCCCAUCCUCAUACAUCAGGUCUCUAGUGAGCAGGUUGCAGUGUGUUCAAAUGGAGUGCAGACGUCACAACCUAAAAAAGAAUCUCCCACCUCAGGCCACGGGAGUUGCAGUCCUGUUCCUGGCCUCGGUUUCGAGAACAACGUGAACGCUCUUACUGUCAGUGGUAGCAACAGCCAGCCGAGCACACCCACUCCUGCCUCGACCACACCAGACCAACAGCUCUUACAUAAAUGCCCGCAUUGUGAUAUUCACUUUUCUGACAAUAUCCUCUACACUAUUCACAUGGGCUGUCAUGGCUACGCACAUCCUUUCCAGUGCAACAUCUGUGGACACAUGUGCAUUGACAAAUACGACUUUGCGUGCCAUUUUGCCCGUGGCCAACAUAAAAAGUGAUCCUUGCAACGUAGAAGCAGACGGAGUCAUAGAUCCUUGUGCUUUCACUAUAUUGCGCAUACAGUGUUGUAUACAGACAUGGUUACACUGAUUUAUAUUUUUGUUAUGUACAGUUUACUAUCUAUUUUACAUUCACUAACUGCACUAUAUUUUUGCCUUACUGCAUUUCUACAUUUUUCCCAACUUUUAGCUUUUCAUAUUAGUUUUAAAUGGACAAAACCACAGAAACAUCUUGCAGUACAAUGUAGUUUGCAGCAGUCAGUUUUACGCCAGUCCUUCUGACCACUGCCCUUCUGUGCUAAUGCAGCUGCUAGUGUUUGAAAUAUUAUUGUGAUUUUGUGGAUUUGCCCCAAAAUCCCAGAACAAAACCAAAAUCUCCUCUCUUUGCAGGGAGUCACAGGGGUUUCACUCAACUCUUUCAGUAAAUCACAAUCACAUAGGUAGCUAUAUAUGACACAUUUUAAAUGAAAGACCAAGUAACAGUAAUAAAAAAAAAAAAAGAACAUUUAAGAGCGUCACCGGCGCGGUAUUCACUGCAGGGCUAUUAAACUCAUUUUGUCCACCAUCGGUGUAUCGCUUGUUAGGCUAAUUGUGCACCAAAGUUUCUAUCUCAGUGAAAAUUAGCUGGACACAUUUGGCUGUGAGAGACUAAAGUGGGGUGUCCAGAGACUGACAGCCUAAUUGGCUCAUUUUCGGUUCAAAAUUGAAGUUUGUGCCCAGCCAGACUCCUUAUAAUUUUGCUUGCUUUUCUUUUAUUUAUUUAUUUAUACUGAAUCUCAUUCCAUAGACUGUAAAAGGUGUCCAACAAAUCACUCAGUAAUAUUUUAAUUGAUUUAAUAUUGUUUUUCUUAUUUAUACUCUUCAAACCUUUUUUUUUAUAAAUAUUUAUAUUCUGUCUUGAGUAGUUUUGUGGUACUGUAUAUAUCAGUUUUUAGUACAAAGUCAAAUUGAAGCCACUUCUUAUUAGUAUAGCAGCUGAUGUUGAGGCACUGUAAAGUUCCAGGGUAACCCUGUGGCUCUAACAUGUAAGGUGAAGUAAUAUUACUUUUUAUUUUAAGUGGUAGCUUUUGAUUUUAUGGAAAUCUUGGUCUAAAGUAACGACCUAUUCAAUUGGUUAACUUCUUUGUAUGGGAUUAUCCUGUUACGGACAGAUCAUGGGAAUUUUGAGAUUAAUGGGCCCCUAUUCCUUUUAAUUUUAAGUAUAUCAUGUGUAUCCUGAAAAACAAGAAUAAAAUGUUAUCUGAUCAACAUUUCAUACCAUAUUUGCAGAAACCACGUAUACGGCCACGGUGGCUUAUUUUGAGUUUGACAUGGAUUUUGAGGAAAGUAUGGGCUUAAAAAAAAUAUUUCU